CUCUUUAAAAAUACCCACUGCACGGCACUAAGGGCUGCAGCACACCUCAAAUUAAACGGCGCAAGGAGGGAGCGAUUCAGUGAGCAACGCGUCGGCUGCCAUAGAGCAUCCUUUGUAACUCUGCCGGGCGAGACGCGUUAUAAAUAAUUAACGCUGCCUCUAUUUCGGACCUCUGAAAAAAUCAUUCUGUCACUAAAUGCGACAUCUACAAACCACCAGGAAAUAGCCGGCACUAAAAGAAUAGCGCAUUUUCCGCUGGAGAUGCGCAUCGCUUCCCAAGCGCGUCUUUAAUAUAUAGCCUAUAUAUUUCUCGGGAACUCCGCAACUGAUGGUAGCCGAGUAAGUGCUAUGUUCCCGCAGCGGCCAUGUGUAUUAUGAAUUGCCGCUGAAACAGGUGCAGCGAGCGUUUUGCCGGACUCUGCCGCGUAUGGGUCCGGUUCGGGCAGGAUUUGAACCCGAAAGUGAGCAGAGUGAGAGCUGAAGCGUGAGACGGGGCACCGCUGGUUCAUCUCUUUGGUGCCAUCCCAGUUGCUGCUGUACAGGAGCGUCUUGCUGGAAAUGUCAUCUGCCAUUGAGAGGAAGAGCCUGGAGGCUACUGAGGAGCCUGUGGACGAGGUCCUUCAGAUGCCGCCCUCCUUGCUGACGUGUGGUGGGUGCCAGCAGAGCAUUGGCGACCGAUUCUUCCUAAAGGCCAUCGAGCAGUACUGGCAUGAGGACUGCCUGAGCUGCGACCUGUGCGGCUGCCGACUGGGGGAGGUGGGCCGCAGGCUCUACUACAAGCUUGGCAGGAAGCUGUGCCGCAGAGACUACCUCAGGCUAUUCGGGCAGGACGGCCUGUGUGCGUCCUGUGAGAAGCGGAUCCGGGCCUUCGAGAUGACCAUGCGCGUGCGGGAUAAGGUUUACCACCUGGAGUGCUUCAAGUGUGCCGCUUGCCAGAAGCACUUCUGCGUGGGCGACCGCUACCUGCUCAUCAACUCGGACAUCGUCUGUGAGCAGGACAUCUUUGAAUGGACUAAGCUGAACAACAUGGCUUAGCCUGCUCCCCACUUUCCCCUGAGGCUCCUAUUGGCUGGCAUUGGUUCCCAUUGCCCCCCCCCCCCACACACAAGCUCUGUGGGCAUCUCACUCUUAUCUUAUUGGCAGGGACAGAAUAAUGGACACGUCAGUGGAGACUCCCCCCCCCGCCCCGCCCCACCAUCAGACUGCCUGUGCUAUAAUCUAUUAAGGACGCAUUUAAUGUAUAUAAAACAUGAUAUGUUGAUGGAACAAUAAAAAUACUAAACCAAUAUAACUAACUUAUUUUAUAUCAUUAUUAUAUAUAUUAAUUGCACACAUAAGAUUUUAUUUUGUUUUGCUAGUCACAUCCCUUUUAUAAGUAUAUGUGUCUUAAAAAUUACUAUAGCUAGGCAUAUUUGAAGUUAUGCUGAAGAAGAAAUAGGUCUUUUUAAUUCCAUGCCAGCAGUAGCUGAGGUCAGAUUUCAGCGCACCCUCUACUGGGUGAAUACUUUACACUUGCAUUGACUUCUAAAUAUAUGUCUGGACUCUGUAAAAUGAAGUUUAAAGCCCACUGGCAUUUUUUAAAGAAGCAAAAUUAAGCAUAAAGCAUAUCUGAAAUUAUUUUCUGGGAAAUGGAAAAAUAAACUGAAUGUUCAGUGUUUGUA